AUGUCGAAUAAGAGUCGACAAAAGGUACUCCUUUCGGAAGAGUUUCAUAGAGGCGCCGAAGAUGCCAAAACGACAACAAGUUAUGAUCAAGCCAAAACAGGUACAUUUAACCAAAAUGUAUAUUAUGCACAGAAAGAUGGUCAUAGAUAUGGCGAAGAUAUUCCUAGAACCAGUUAUGCCGUCAACGAAGGCGGUAAUUUGUUAUACGGUCAAGAUGCAGCUGCAAACUACGGACAGUAUGACCAUGCCGCUCAUAUGAUACCGGUUUAUGGAUACGCUCCAGAAGUUCCGUACAUAUACGGUGCUCAUGCCGGCCAUCUUCCUUACAAUUAUGGAUAUGGGUAUGGAUACGGACAUCCAGUAGGACACAGUUACGGUCACGAAGCUGAGGAAGUGGAUCAUCAUUACGAAAGUACUGGAUUUGGUGUUACUGGAAUUGGAAAUUAUCUCAAGAAGAAACUUACCUUGAAGAAAAUAUUCAUUCCUUUAGCAGGAUUAGCACUCUUAGCGGCCGUAGGUACUCUCAGUACAUCUAACCCUUUACUACUUCAGCUUGGGACCAUUAGUGCUUCAACCGGUAGAGGUCGUCUCAGAAGAUCGACUGAUGAGGAAGUUUCGUUCCCAAUGAAUCCGUUUUUGAGAGCAAAUAUUUCCAGAAACGCGAAUAAAACAAGAAAAUGA